AUGCCGUUUACUAAGCAGCAGAUCGCUAAAUUCGAGGCUAUCAGGAAGAAGAAUGCCAACCUAGACCAGUGGCACCAGGACCGAAAAAAGACCUUCAAAGAACGACACGAGCAGUACAAGGAACAGAUGGAACAUUCAAAUGUGAUUCUUAGUUACCCUCACUGGGUAAUGAGUGAGCGAUUAAGAAGACAGGACCCAGAGCUAUAUGAACAAUGGUACAACGAGAUGCAGUCCACCGGCAUCGAAACACCCGUACCUAAAUCUACCAAGUCUCACGUUGAACACCAUGUUGAAGCCACCAUGCACGUACUAAAGAGAGCUGCUGAACACAACGUCGAUCUGGAUGCGUCACCAACCAAAAAGACGUCCUUUAUGAUCGAUGACUUACUAGACGUUUCUCCACCGUCUCCUCCUCCUCAGCCAUCUACCAGCGGAUGGAAACGCAAGUUAGAACCUGCCCAAAGUAACAUUCCUGAGAAGCGAUCCCAUGACGAGGAGCUUGAAGACAUACUUGCUGAGUUACGCGCACCAGAGAUACCGGAAGAAGUACUCACACAAGUUGCUGAGACCGCCGAAGACGAAGUCUUUAUCAGCGAUAUCAUUCACAAGAUCAAUAGUACCGACAACCUAUGGACGUUCAUCUAUAGGGGUCCUCCACCUACUAUUGUUAGUAACAGUCGUGUUAGUGCAAUCAUAAUACAACACGAAAACGCAGCAGACAAAUUCCAGAGAAUCUGGUCUGCAACGAUACGUUCAAGUUUACCAAGUCUACUCGCAAUUCGAUCGGAGCGGACUAAUACGGGAAAAAUUUUUGAGUGGAGGAGGAGUAUGGUAAAAGUUUUAGCGGUCGAGUGA